AUGGAGGCUUCCACUUGCCUUGCCACUUCUUCCACCACGACCGAGGCCCUACCAGAUUACGGGACUGAGGCCAUACUUCGGUCAUACAGAGAUGGAGAUCUCAUGCCAUUGGAGGACAAAAAUGAGAGAAACAAGCUCAAGGCCGCCAUCGAGACUUUGGCGAGUUCUGGCUUUUUCCCCUAUCCACGCUCGGCGGCUAUGAUCACUUAUCUCUUUGGUCAAGUGGAGAAGUUUGCCCCCCACCGUUGUCCUUUUCUGGAGGAGCAAAGGAUGGGCCAAGACUUGGAGCAGUGGAUUACCUCAUGUAGUGCCAUCAUGAGAAAAGAGAUCGAGAUUGCCCGCCAGAUGCAACAGGAGGCUGCGGAUAUUGAUGAGCAGGUGAGGCAGCUUCAAGAGAGGAAGGCUAGCAUUAUUGCCAAAGUCUCCGAGAUUAUUCGGAGCAAUAGGCCUCUCGAGGCUCAACUUCGAUAG